UGUUGUGUUGUGUUGAGUUUCUUCUAACCUAUAAACUUAUCUUUGGAUUUCCGUGUGUUUACAUGAGGAUUAUUAAUAAAAACAAAUUAAUUUUAAGCUUUUAAAAAAUAGUAAAUACUCAUUAGCAUAAAAAUAAAGUGUGUUAAUUAUUUUUAUAUAUAAUUAGUAAAAUGGAACAAUUACAUACAGCAUUGACUGCAAUAAAAGUGUUAAGAUCAAGUGUCGGUCAGGUAUUUGAUUGUCUUGGUAAUGGAUUGAGAUCUGAUCAUGGAGAAGAAAAUAAAGAAACUAAAUAUUUACAAGAGCUUCAAGAAUUAUUAACUGCUGUAAAUGUUAAUUUACGAGACGUUGAGCAAGCAGUAGGUACAUUAAAUCCCCCACCAGGUCCAUUUAAUUUAGCAAGUACAACUUACUUGAGUCAAGAGACAACUCAGGAAAGACAAGCAUUGUAUGGAACUCUAGUUAAUAGUUACAAAUGGACGGACAGAGUUCACGAGUACAGUCACAUAGCACAAUCACUUUUGAGUACUAAUUCACUCAAAAGGUCUUACAUAAGUACCAGUAGAUCUAAGAGAGGACGUAUGCAAAUUAGUUCUCACAAUGUACCACCUCAACAAGUUGAUGCGCUCAUAGCAACACUAGAUCGUGUGCACAGUGAGAUGACUGUCACGGUAUCACGACCUUAUGCGUCUAAUGCUAUAUUACAUGUUACUCUGGGUCACGUUUUGAAAGGUGCAAUAGCAUUCAAAGGACUGAUGGUUGAAUGGGUUAUUGUUAAAGGAUACGGUGAGCCUAUGGAUCUUUGGACAGAGUCGAGAUACAAAGUAUUCCGUAAACUCACUGAAAAUGCACAUGCUGCUAUGCUGCAUUUCCAUUCGCCAGCUUUACCUGAGCUUUCUGUUAGAUCUUUUAUGACGUGGUUUGGAAGUUUUCAUAAAUUAUUCAGCGACCCUUGUAAAAGAUGUGGGUUACAUUUGCACAGUGCGUUACCACCAACGUGGCGAGAUGUCAGGACACUUGAGCCUUAUCAUCAGGAAUGUAAACCUUGAGUUUUCUUAUAUUAUUGAAUAAGUAAUAAUAAUUAAUGUAUAAAUUUAAAGGAUGUGUUUGCAAAUAAGAAAUAAAAUUAUCAACUUGAUUUUUCCACAAAUGA